GGAUCACUUGGUAAGGCUUCUGAAGCAACUGAUAGCGAGUGUAGCCCCUCCUUUUCAUCUCAAGGUUGGAGGAAGUACUCCCAAUGCAGCUGAUGUUCCCACACUACUGGGAUCUGGAUCCUUUUCGCUUCUCGAUUGUGAGAGAAUAUGGGAAACAAGCAAGUUAAGCCUUUACAAGCUUACCUGCGUUGGCCUCACAUGCAGGCUGAUCAGGUUCGCGGGCUAAAUUUAAGGGAAAUUGGAGGAGGGUUCACCAAGCAUCAUCGUGCUCCAUCCAUUCGCUCUGCAUGUUAUGCAGUUGCUAAACCAUUGACUAUGGUACAAAAGAUGCAAAAUAAGAUGAAGCUAAGGGGACAUCGUAGUGCUGUUUAUUGUGCUAUAUUUGAUAGGUUAGGAAGAUAUGUUAUCACGGGUUCUGAUGAUCGACUUGUCAAGAUUUGGUCAAUGGAAACAGCAUUUUCCUUGGCCAGUUGUCGAGGACAUGAAGGUGACAUUACUGACUUGGCUGUGAGUUCAAAUAACGCUUUGGUGGCAUCUGCUUCAAAUGACUUUGUCAUUCGAGUUUGGCGUUUGCCAGAUGGAAUGCCGAUUUCAGUUUUAAGGGGGCAUACUGGCGCUGUCACUGCUAUUGUAUUUAGUCCCAGGCCAAGUGCUGUUUACCAGCUUUUAUCAUCAUCGGAUGAUGGAACUUGUCGAAUCUGGGAUGCUAGGUAUUCCCAGUGCAAGCCUCGAAUAUACACACCAAAGCCUUCAGAUGUCUUAAAUGGGAAGAGCAGUGGUCCAUCGAGUAAUGGACCCUCCUCAAGCAAUGGUCUGCAGAGCCAUCAAAUACUUUGUUGUGCUUACAAUGCCAAUGGAACCGUUUUUGUUACUGGUAGUUCUGACACUUUUGCAAGGGUUUGGAAUGCUUUUAAAUCUAGCCCAGAUGACUCUGAUCAACCAAUGCAUGAGAUGGAUGUGUUAUCUGGCCAUGAGAACGAUGUCAAUUAUGUGCAAUUCAGUGGCUGUGCUGUGGCUUCAAAAACUUCAAUGUCUGACUCAUUGAAGGAGGAGAACAUUCCGAAGUUCAAAAAUUCCUGGUUUUGUCAUGACAACAUCGUCACUUGUUCUCGUGACGGCAGUGCAAUUAUUUGGGUUCCAAGAUCACGUAGAUCCCAUGGAAAAGUUGGACGUUGGACACGGGCCUAUCAUUUAAAAGUUCCACCUCCUCCACUGCCUCCUCAGCCUCCCCGAGGAGGUCCACGUCAUAGAUUUCUUCACCCCCGUGGUGUUAAUAUGAUUGUAUGGAGUCUGGAUAAUCGGUUUGUGCUUGCAGCUAUCAUGGAUUGCAGAAUAUGUGUCUGGAAUGCUGUUGAUGGUAGCUUAGUACAUUCUUUAACUGGUCAUAGUGAAUCUUCUUAUGUCUUGGAUGUUCAUCCUUUCAAUCCGCGGAUAGCUAUGAGUGCUGGGUAUGAUGGGCGGACUAUAGUUUGGGAUAUUUGGGAGGGCACACCUAUAUGGACAUAUGAUAUUGGACGUUUUAAGUUGGUCGAUGGAAAGUUUUCCCCGGAUGGGACAUCAAUAGUACUUUCAGAUGAUGUUGGCCAAAUAUAUUUACUAAACACAGGUCAAGGCGAGUCCCAAAAGGAUGCCAAAAUGGAUCAGUUCUUCCUAGGGGACUAUCGUCCCCUCAUUCGGGAUGCCAUGGGAAAUGUUCUUGAUCAGGAGUCACCUUCCCCACAUCGCAGGAACAUUCAAGAUCCUCUUUGUGAUUCAAGUAUGAUGCCAUAUCCAGAACCCUAUCAGAGUAUGUAUCAGAAACGUAGACUUGGUGCAUUGGGCAUUGAGUGGCAGCCUUCAUCCGUAAAAUAUGCUGUUGGUCUGGAUUUUGGUCUAGGCCAGGAUGAUCAGAUGCUCCCCUUGGCUGAUUUGGAAAGAAUGAUUGAGCCACUACCAGAGUUUGUAGAUGCCAUGUAUUGGGAACCAGAAAAUGAAGUCAUAAUAAGUGAUGAUAAUGAUUCAGAGUACAAUGUUGCUGAGGAAAAUUUCAGUGAAGGUGACCAGGCCAGUAUAAGUGCCAGCUCUUCUAGUGAUCUAGAGUCCACUGCAGAAGACAGUGAGGUUGAACGCAGCCAUAGAGAUAGCCUUCGCAGAUCAAGAAGGAAAAAACACAAAACUGAAGUCGAGUCAAUGACUUCUUCAGGGAGGCGAGUGAAGAAAAGGAAUCUGAAUGAGUGUGAUGGCACUGUAUCUUGGAGUAACAGAACGAAGAAAUCAAGAAGUAGUCAGAAAGUUUCCAAGAGGAAGUCUUCUAAAGCUAAGACUAUGAGACAGCGUGUUGCUGCACUCAAUGCGCUAAAUAUGUUUUCUCGAAUCACUGGAACGUCUUCAGAUGGAGAAGAUGAAAAUGACUCAGAAAAUGAUUCCUCAGAUAGUGAGUUGCUGCUGCAAGAUUCAAACCUCAAAAUCAACAGGACUGAUGCAAACUUGCAGAAUAUGCAGUGGCAAUGUGGUAAAGAGGAACUUUCAUAUGUAGGUGAGUUUACAGAUGUACCCAAGCCUCCAGAACUUUCUGAACCUCAUCCAAAUGUUGGUAGCAAGCGAAGAUUACUCCUGAAGUUUUCACUUCGUGAUUCUAAGAAGCAUGUGCCUCCAGAAGACGCAAGAUCCAAAUGUGAGAAUCAGGCUGCUCCAGUUUUUCCAUCCUCUAGACCUCAUGAAACCAGUCAAGAAGACAGAACUAACAAAGGCUCCAUAGAUCCAAUGUCCUCUUUCACUGAUAUAAUUAAUGUGGAGCUUUCCCAAAACCAGAUCAGGAGUGAUUGCAUGGACAAAGCACAAAGUGGAAAGGCCAGGGAGCAUUCAGAGGCACCUGCAGGUGAUGAGGAGAGUAAGCAUACGUGGGAAGAGGUCAAUGGAUGUGCAUCCAAGUGUUCAAGAUCAGGAGAUCUCAUGCCGAGAGAUGCAUUUAGUGAAUCGGUUGCAAGUUUUGAUGUUCGAAAGGAAAACAAGAAUGAUAUGAAUGGGGAUGAGGAGCAGUUUGGCACUGAUGCUUCUGCAGCCCCAUACGAUGGAAAUUCUGACAUGGGAUACAAAGAUUCGUCUAGAUCUGAUCAAUGCAGAGACAAGUCACUAAAAAUAUAUGAAGUUGUGGACGCUAACCACUCAAACAGACUAAAAGAGAACGCUCCACUUAAGCCAACAAAGUUAAUAAUUAGGACAAAGACAAGGAUAGCAACAGACCCUAAAAGUCCUUCCAAACUGAAAUUCACUACAACUGUGGAGGACCUGUCAAGUGCUAGAGGUGAAAAUAUUGGCACAUCAAGUUCUUUGAGGUCACAGCAUUUGUAUUCAGACAUGAGGAUGUCUGAUGCUACUUAUGGAAGUGAGAAAUUCUAUAAGGCGAAAACUGAUUUAGAAGGUUCUGAUAAUGAUUUGGAAGAAAAUACUGCAACUUUUAAUGACCAUCAUGAUGCGGAAGCUGCUGUCCCUGAAGCUUCUAAUGAUGCAACACGUAGAACAAGAUCCAUUAAGAUAAAGGCAACGUCAUGGGAGCCAAAUGUUGUGAAACAUAGCUUCAAGUUGCGAAGUGGCCGUGCAUCGAUGGGGACAUCUAUAAAUGCUGAAAAAUCCUCCAUGGAAUUGUCUGAUCAGUUUCUUCAAGGAUCAAGGUCUACAAGAAAUCAGCAUGGUCGGUAUAAUGAUUAUGAACCAAAUUCUUCUGCUAGGAGGAAAUUAAAUCAUUUUGGAAGAAAAUUGUCGUGGCUUAUGUUGUCAGAGCAUGAGGAGGGCUACCGUUACAUCCCUCAGCUAGGUGAUGAAGUUGUAUAUUUGAGACAGGGCCAUGAAGAGUUUAUAGAAUCAAGUCUCUUGUCGGAAAUAGGUCCUUGGAGAUCAAUCAAUAGAAACUUAAGUGCCGUGGAAGUUUGCAAAGUUAAAGGUUUUGAUUAUGCCACAUUACCAGGCUCAGGGGAUAGCUGCUGUAAAAUCAAACUUGAAUUUUCAAAUCCCUCCGUUGGGUUUGGUAAAGCAUUCGAAUUGACUCUGCCUGAACUGAUUGAUUUCCCUGAUUUUGUUGUUGAGAAAACACGGUAUGAUGCUGCUAUUAGGAGAAAUUGGACACAUAGGGAUAAAUGCCUAGUUUGGUGGAGAAAUCCAAAUGGGGAAGGUGGUAAGUGGUGGGAAGGUCGAAUUCUUUCUUCAAAGCCCAAAUCUCAAGAGUUUCCUGACAGUCCUUGGGAAAGAUAUACUGUUAGUUACAGAAGUGAUCCUGGAGAUAACCAUCUACACUGUCCUUGGGAACUGCAUGAUCCUGACAUUUUAUGGGAGCACCCCCAUAUUGAUGAUGAGACCAGAGAUAAGCUCCUGUCUCUUUUUGCUAAAUUGGAGCGGCCAGUGGAUGGAAACAAGGAUUAUUUUGGACUUGCAAAAUUGAAUCAUGCUGCCCAAAAGUCAGACUUCUCUAAUAGGUUUCCAGUUCCAUUGUACCCGGAACUGAUUUGUUUGAGGUUAAAGAAUGAGUACUACCGGAGCUUGGAGGCUGUGAAGCAUGACAUAAUGGUUAUGUUGUCAAAUGCAGAGUCUUAUUUCUCACACCCUGAGCUGGGUAAGAUGAGGCGCCUGUCAGAUUGGUUUAAAAGGAAAUUGUCGAGGUUGUAGUAAGUCUUAUUUCUGACAGCAGGAUUUUGUUUUCCAAAAUUGGAUUGAUGGGGGUUACAACAUUGUAUCUGGGACUUAGGAAAGGAGAUGCCUGAGGCGGUGAAAUAAGCGAGUUUGUUGUCCUCUGUUAUUCUUCUUGCACAUAUGUGUCAAUUUGAUUGAUGUCAUUACUUUAUGAAGAGGAAAAUGGAGCAAGGUUGAAGAGCUCUAAAUUCUCUAGUCCACUGAUUUUAGCUUUUCAGGCUGCAGUGUCGUGGCCUGUGUGGGGUUAGAAAAAGAAUUGAUUUAAACCAAAUUGAUUUUGGAAAAAAAAAUGGUUCAUUCAUGAAAUGAGUAACAAAAAUUAAUAACGAUCUA